AUGGUGGACCCUAUUGGUGGGCUGGAGGCGUUGUGGAACUGGAGCGGGAAUUCGGCCGAUUCUGUAGAUGUCAAACCACUUGCAAAUUACAGAGACAAGCUUGCUGAAGGUAAACCAGAGACGAUGAUAUGCCAUGAUAUGAAAGGUGGAUAUUUGGAAGAAGAAAGUGAGGAUGGGAUCAUCAUCUCAGAAGAAACGCCGAGCCCUUAUGUCUUUCUCAAUUGGUGGAAUAUCGACAUAUUCUGCUACUUCUCACAUAAUUUUGUUACGAUUCCACCCAUAGCCUAUAUCAAUAUUGCUCACGCUCAUGGCUGCCUAGCAUUGGGAACUUUCAUUACCGAAUGGAAAGGCGGCGCCAAAAUAUGUGACCAAAUCCUGGGAUCAGAAGAAACUGUGGAGAAAACGGUGGAUUGCCUUGUCUCGGUUGCCGUGCACUACAAAUUUGACGGGUGGUUGAUCAACAUAGAAAACAGAAUCCUGGCUAAACAUAUCGAUAAUCUUACACUUUUUCUACGACUCUUAACUGACCGGAUGCGCGUAGCAGUUGGAUUCUCGCGGGUUAUUUGGUACGAUUCUGUUACUGUGACGGGUAUGCUGAAAUGGCAAAAUAUGCUUAAUGAAUAUAAUAGGGAGUGGUACGAAUGUUGUGACGGUAUUUAUUUGAACUAUAAUUGGAACGAUGGGAUGCUGCUGAGAAGCGCUGACUUUGGUGCCAUCAACAGAAUUUUCGUUGGAAUUGACUGUUUCGCUAGAGGCUGUAUUGGAGGAUGGGAUUGCUACAGGUCAUUUGCUAAAGCAAAUUUGAUGCGUAUGUCGGUGGCGCUAUUUGCUCCAGGAUGGAUUUGUGAACGAUUUCCUCAUGAAAAUCCUAUAGAACAUGGAUUGAGGUUCUGGAACAAACUUCUUUUAUACACACCUGCUCGACCCAUCUUGGAGUUGCCCGUAUCCACCAACUUCUGUGCAGGAUUCACCAAAGAUACAGAGGGGACGGCUUUUGUUCAAGCUUCCGAAUUCCUCAAGUGUAGUGGAUGCCAUAUAACAGCAAGAAUAGAAGGGGAUGUCACGAUCAUUGUCAACGACAUGUUCAAGGUACACUCAAAGGAAAGGAGAGGACGUUUUCGUGACGAUCAGCGAGCCUCAUUACAUUGCUUCGAAAUACCUUAG